AUGGCCGCCGCGGCCGGAGCUGUUGACCGCAACAGCAGCAUCCAGGUCGCCGUUCGCGUGCGGCCCUUCACCAUCCAAGAGGCUGCGCAACUCACCAAGACCGACGAUGGCCCUCUCUUCCUCGGCGACGGCUCGCUCGCUGCCGCACCAAAGCCAAAGCUCGGCCAGAAGGGCCUGCGGAGCGUGAUCAAGGUCAUUGACGACAAGUGCUUAGUAUUCGACCCACCAGAAGACAACCCCGUCCAGCGGUUCAGUCGCUCCGUCGUGCCCACCGGCAAGCGCGUCAAGGACCAAACAUUCGGCUUCGAUCGCGUUUUCGACGACAACACCACCCAGAAUGACGUUUACGAGGGCACCACCAAAGGCUUGCUCGAUUCUGUCUUGGACGGAUUCAACUGCACUGUCUUCGCAUACGGUGCUACUGGCUGCGGAAAGACGCACACGAUUACUGGAACAGCCCAGCAGCCGGGCAUCAUCUUCAUGACCAUGCAAGAGCUAUUUGAGAAGGUCGAGGAUCUUCGCGAGACCAAGGACUGCGAAAUCACACUGUCCUACCUCGAGAUCUACAACGAGAAGAUUCGCGAUCUGCUUGUGACAGACGACACUGGCAAGCAGAAUCUCAUGCUGCGCGAGGACAACAAUCAAGUGGUGUCGGUCGCUGGCCUGUCAUCCCACAAGCCCAAGAGUGUCGCAGAGGUCAUGGACAUUGUCAUUCGAGGAAACGCGGCUCGCACCCAAUCACCAACCGAAGCAAACGCAACGUCUUCGCGGUCACAUGCAGUCUUGCAGGUCAACGUCUCUCUGAAAGACCGCAAUGCCUCUGUCAACGAGCCCGUCACAUUUGCGACCCUCUCCAUCAUCGACCUUGCAGGCUCUGAGCGUGCUUCAGCGACGAAGAACAGAGGCGUACGCCUGCAAGAGGGUGCCAACAUCAACAAGUCUCUUCUCGCCCUCGGCUCUUGCAUCAACGCUCUCUGCGAGCUGCGCAAGCACAUCCCAUUCCGCAACUCGACUCUGACUCGACUCCUCAAAUUCAGCUUGGGUGGCAAUUGUCGCACAGUCAUGAUCGUCUGUGUGUCGCCUAGCAGUGCGCACUUCGACGAGACUCAAAACACCUUACGCUAUGCAAAUCGAGCCAAGAACAUCCGCACGAAAAGUGUCCGCAAUGUCUACAACGUGGACCGCCACGUCAAGGACUACCUCAAGAAGAUCGACGAGCAGAUGGGCCUCAUCCGGGAGCUCACAGAGCAACAGAAGGACUACGAGAACAUUGCAUUUACCAAAUUCCGCAAGGCCGAGACCAAGAAGUCAGAGAUUGCCCAUGACGGAGUGCAGCGUAUCCGUGCAGCCUAUGAGCAUUCUUCCCAGGAGCGCAGCGAGCGCAUCACCAACACUAAGAGACUUCGCCAAAUUGAGCGCCGCAUUGGUGCAAUCUCUGGCUGGGUGGGCUCAUUUGAUCAAGUCUGUGAGACCCGUGAGGAGGAAGAGCCACCAGUUGCUUUGGUAGCCAUGAGAAAGACCGCACAAGGCAUUCUCUUGGAGCUUGAGGGAAGCCGCCAGCACUAUCAUCAACGUCUGGCCAAGAACAACUGGACCCGUGCAAUUGACACUGCACUUCAAGAUGGGAUCCGUCAACUGCAGAAUCUGGACGGAGCUAUACCCGACAGUGCUGAGGAAACCAACUUGCGCAAGGAGGUUGACCUCCUGAAGAGCCGAGCCGACAUCGACAUGCAUGUUCAAGUCCUGGAGCAGGAGAAGGUCGGCGAGUCUGGGCUGAUGCAAGUGAUGCUAACUGCUCACUUUGAGACCAUUGCCAUCCUCAACCAAAUCAUGCAGAUGAGCGAGGAGGAGGCGGUUCAAGCAGCACAUGAUGUCUUGGGUAAAGUCUUGCAGUCUUGCACUGAAGCUACUGGCCAAAUCAUCAAACCCGACGGCGGCCUCCAGAUCACCGAAGCAGUCCCACCCACUCGAUCCGGCACUCCAAAGAAGAAGAAGCAGAUCCCACUCAUGGGUCCAAGUCCGAUGAAGAGCAAAAUUCGACAGUCACUCGCAUCACAGCCUGGUCCUUCGGCCAUCCCAUCACAUCUGUCUGCAGAGAUGCAGCCCUCACCACACGUAGGCUCCAGCCCAGUCCGUGGAGCAACAGCGAGUCCUAGAAGGCGCGUUAAGCUCGGCGGUACUGCUCGCAAGGGAGUCGCAUUCGCUGGUGGCACUCCUAAGAAGAAGUCGCCCAGUAAGAAGCGUGUUGUGAGAUGGAGAGAUGAGGACGACAAUGCCGGUUCCCUCGUGGAGUUUCAGCCAACCCCGAAGAAGUUUGACAACACUCCACCCCAGCCGAACGGGCUCGAUAGCGACUCGAACGAGCCGCCGAAAUCGUCAUUCGCAUACGAUGCUGAUGGCGAGAUCAUGUCUAGCCCACUUCCAGCCGCACCUGUCCCAAGUAGCGAGGCUCGCAAGACCGGAACAGGCCGAUUCGCAACCGGCUUCCUCUCCAAGAAGAACGAAGGCUCGCCAUCUAUGCCCCCACCACCGACUCUCAGCCUUGGGGCGUACUCUAGUGAAGACGAUUCUAGCCCGCUUCGAUCGAUGGAGGGCAAUCGCGCCCCGCAACCACGCAGCAUGCAUGUCAAGAAGUCUUCUCGUCCGCCAGCCCCGAGCUCGGGCUCGGAGAAAGAGCAGGAGGAAGGUUCGACCUACUCAUCUGGCAGCGAGGUCGACAAGUCGUUCUCGGACAAGACCACAGCACGCGACAUCGGAGCUGCAAUGCGAAAGGGCCGGCGUACUUCAUCACUUGGUGGCAACAAUUCUGCUCGCCAGCGUGAGCGCGACAUCGCCUACCGCCGUCGUAGCCCGACUGCGACUUCUCCUCCAGGCGAUCAAGGCACCUUCUCGGACUCGCAUGCCCGCCGAUUCGUCAACUCGCAUCGGGAUAACAGCUCCCGCAGCAGCAUCCUCAGUCCUCGCACCCAGCCGGUGACCAAGGGUUCGCUGCCAUUGACAGCUCGUCGCAGCAUGUUCGACCUCGGUGGCAGCACGCCGCGUGAGAGUGCUCCGCGACCGGCAUCCCGGGCCAGUAGCGUUGUGCCUGGCAGUGCUACUCGCGGUAGUGCCACGAAGCCGCCGUUCAGAUGA